UCGCUUCAAACAAACACAAUACCAGAAAAUGGGAUAUUAGGACAAAAUUUGGAGGCAAACGCCAAAUUAGUUUGCAAAGUGAAAGGGUAUCCAAAGGCGAGCAUUAAAUGGGAGAAAGUGGUGGCAAAUGAGUCGAUAGCCAUCGAAGUGGACGGAAGGGUUGUCGUCGAUAACAGUGAAAGCGACGAAUUCUCACAACAAAGUAUUCUCAGUAUCGAUACACUCAAGCGGUCGGACAAUGGGUCCUAUGUUUGCAAAGCAAGCAAUCGUUACAAUACAAGUGAAUCUCAAAUCAAUUUAGUUGUCUUCGAAACGCCUGAAAUACAAUUCGAUAGAAUCGAGUCUUUGAGCCCCCGAUCGGCGGUUGUCUACUGGAGGGUCGCCUAUGAGGGCAACGCACCCGUCGAUAGGAUUGAAAUGCAAUUCAAUAACUAUAGUAUUGUUGACUCCAUUUGGUUGACCAAAGAGGAGAACAUAGGAGUGAAUGGUUCGCAAUCAUUCACUGUCACAGAUCUAACUCCCGGUGCGACCUAUGGUUUCCGAUUGGCGGCAAUCAAUUCAAUGGGUCGAUCGGAUUGGGAGCCAAUGAACAUAACCAUGCAAUCAGAUGUGCCCUCAAAGAUCACUGAAGUCCAUAUUUUUGCCAAAACUAAUGAGACUUUACUGAUUGGGUGGAAGCGCCCGAUGCACGACAACGGCGCCCAAAUCACACAUUACUCCAUGACUUUACGUGAUUCAAGAGAUAUUCUCAUUUCUAAUCAGACUCUGGACGUCAGUUCUGGUGCCGUUCAGACUCGCACCGGCUCUCACUAUAACUUUGAAGUCAAGGCCUGUUCUGUCAUCGGUUGCAGUGAAUGGUCCGACACUUUAGAUGCGGUUACGGCUGACGGACACUCAGAUCCGCCGCGAAAUGUUAGAGUUAAGUGUAUUUAUGAUAACGAGAAGAAUGUAAAUAAUGGUACAGUUCUUUGGGAAUCGCCUGAAAAUCCGAGAGGAGUUGUUGUCGGAUAUAAUGUCACUUUCGAGGCCUUCUCUACCUAUAGGAACGCCAAUAACAAGAAAGUGAUCGAUCAGUUUAAGGAAGCAUUUGAAUUGACGGGCAAUGAAACCAAAUUAAAUUUAAUCCUUAAGCCCAACACUAACUAUUCGGUGAGGGUUUGCACUGUAAACAAGUCUGGAUGUGGACUCUUGUCACACAUAACCACAUCCACUAUGUGUCAGACGUCGGCCACAAUUCCUUUUCAAAUGCCUUCUAAUAUAAAACUAGAAAAAGUGAGAAUUGAUGACAAUUUAGACAAAACUAGUCGUCUUUUGCGAGUUUAUGUGCCGCGAGUGUCGGAGAGGAAUGGAGUCAUACUGUGUUAUAAAGUGAUUAUAAUCCGUCUCCCAAACCAUACCAAUGCGACCAAUGCUUUACCGUCUAAUCCCAAUCAACUCAAUAUAACGACAUACAGUUUGGCCCACAAUUACGUCCACUCUUUGUCCGAAAGUCAAGACUCAAUCGGCGCUUAUGUCGCCGAAGAAUUCAAUUCCGAUAAUUUAGUUAAUAAUGUAGUCAUUGGAGACGGAUAUUCCAAUCAUUGCAAUCCGGAUCAGAUCAACCGAUCGCCCAGAAGAAUGGACUCCCAGAAUGAAUCGGCGCUCUCAUUAUCUUCAGAUACGCUCACAUUUGACGGAACACUCCUUCCAAACACUAAUUACACGGGUUUUGUAGAACUAUUAGUUUUGGGACCAAAUAAUACUCUUAUGACUAAACAAAGCGAUUAUUUUGAUCCAAUCGAGACUUCAUCUCUCAGUUUGAUGGCUCCCAUCAAUGAUAACACAUUUUCUAUAUUCUCAUCGCUGUCUGAAUCGGCGAACGGAAUACUCUUCGGAACAAUUUGCGGACUCUUCUUAGUGUUAGUACUUCUUUCAUCGGUUUUGUGUUUUCUUAAACGAAAAGCGAGCGAAACUUCUGGAUCUGAUGACGAGAGGUUAGGCUUAACAGCACUUAUAAGGCGAACAGUUAAUGGUCAUCGAAACGGACACAUCCCUAAUAAUAUGAACAUUAAUUCAAUUCAUAAAUGGGUUUCAACUCCUAUUCCUAUUCAUAAUCUUCCGGUUAUAUUUCAAGAACGCCACCAAAACAGCGAUUUCUUAUUUCAAGCGGCAGUUUUAAAUUUGAAACCCUUCCCGAAAAAUUUUCCGAUCGCACCACUAAUGCAAGCGAUUCGCCUGAAAACAUGUCCAAAAAUCGAUAUCCAGACAUUAAAAGCUACGAUCAAACUCGGCUACGAUCAAACUCGGGUUAUAUUGAACACAAUUGAAGGCAUCCCUGGAUCUGAUUAUAUAAACGCAGACUUUGUUGAGGGAUAUAAACGACGCAAAGUAUUUAUCUGCGCUCAGGGACCCACUCAGAAAACUGUGAAUGAUUUUUGGCGAAUGAUUUACGAACAGAAAUGCAGAGUAAUUGUUAUGUUGACUGGCAUUGAAGAACAGGGAAGAAUCAAAUGUAGCCAAUACUGGAGUGAAGAACAGCCCAAAGAGAUAUCAAAUAUGUUUAAAGUUUCUGUGAAAAGUAUCCGCAAAUUCUCUGAUUAUAUAAUUCGUCGAUUAAUUCUGGAGAAAGUGGACGGAAGUGAAAGUCACGACAUUUUACACUUUCAUUUUGUGAUGUGGAGAGACUUUCUCGCACCAGAACAGCCCUCUUGGCUCCUCAGGUUCAUUAAGCGCGUGAAUGAACACUACUGUCCAGAUAUGGGACCCAUUGUAGUGCACUGUUCGGCAGGUGUGGGCAGAACCGGCACUUUCAUAGCAAUCGAUUCAUUGAUGACACAAAUCAAUGAGAAUUCGACUCACAUUAAUAUAUUUGAAUGUGUGUCACAUCUGCGACACCAGAGGAACCAUUUGGUCCAAUCUGUCAAACAGUAUAUAUUUGUCUACCGGGCGGUCAUGGAGUACAUCGAGUUUGGAGACACGGAAAUUGAAAUUUGCCACUUAAGGGAUCACUACAGACAGCUUAAGGACAAAAUUGAUGCCAAUAGUAAUGGCAUUAUGGCUGAGUUUGAAAGACUCAAUGAAGUCAUUGAAGAUCAAAAGUCUUGUGUCGUCGGAUCAAUGGAUAUAAAUAAGAAUAAAAAUAGAUAUGACUUUAUUAUUCCAUAUGAUGUAAAUCGAGUCAUAUUAACUCCGUUGCCAUCAAAAGAUAAUUCCUAUUAUAUAAAUGCAUCUUUUGUUCGGGGUUACGACCAUUCGUUGUCUUUUAUUGUGACUCAAGACCCGAUGGAACACACGGUGAAUGAGUUUUGGUGGACAAUAUCGGAGCAAAAUGUGUCCACUCUUGUGAUGUUAGCAGAGCUCGGAGACGGACAGAGCAAAUGUCAUUGUUAUUGGCCGACAGAAGAGUUUGACUGCGAGUUUGUUAGAGUUAAGUUUGUGGCCGAAAAUGUGACUCAAUUUUAUGUUAAAAGGGCUUUCGAUGUGAUCCACAAAAAGACAAAUGAUUGUCAAAGAGUAACACAGUUUCAGUUCCUUUCGUGGAAGAGUGGUGUCGUUCCCGAGUCUACGAUCUCAUUGCAUGAGUUAAUAGAGGCCACUCUGGCCAACAACACUCUGACCACUUCGCCAAUUGUGGUCCACUGUAGCGGUGGUGGCGACCGGUCCUCAGUCUUCGUCGCAUUCGCUUCGCUUAUCCAACAAAUGAAAUGCGAAGAAAGAGUGGAUGUCUUUCAAACUGUGCGAUACAUUCGCUCCCAAAGGCAUUGUAUGCUUCAAACUAUUGCACAGUUUGACUUUCUCUUCCGAAGUCUCAUCGAUUACAUAGAAUCUCAUAAGUUAUGUGAUUCCGGAGACACACACAAUACAUUAAAGGUGUUCGACCUGACAGUCCGUCCCUCACAUCUA